AUGGCGUCUGUACUGGACGCUCUUUGGGAGGACAGAGAUGUUCGAUUCGAUAUAACGCAGCAGCAGAUGAAAACAAGACCUGGAGAGGUUCUUAUCGAUUGUCUUGAUUCCAUCGAAGACACGAAAGGGAACAACGGUGACAGAGGGAGACUUUUAGUGACCAAUCUAAGGAUCAUCUGGCAUUCCCUUGCUUUGCCCAGAGUCAACUUGUCCGUGGGAUACAAUACCAUUAUUAACAUCACUACAAGGACCGCCAAUUCUAAACUGAGAGGCCAAACUGAGGCUUUGUACAUCUUGACCAAAUCUAACAACACAAGAUUUGAGUUCAUUUUUACCAAUGUGGUACCAGGCAGUCCACGACUCUUUACAUCUGUUAUUGCUGUUCACAGGGCAUAUGAAACCUCAAAAAUGUAUAGAGAUCUAAAGUUGAGAGGAGCUUUGAUUCAAAAUAAGCAGUUAAGACUUCUGCCUCAGGAGCAAGUUUAUGACAGAAUCAAUGGAGUUUGGAAUUUAUCCAGUGAUCAGGGCAACCUGGGUACCUUCUUUAUCACUAACGUGAGAAUUGUGUGGCAUGCCAACAUGAAUGAGAGUUUUAAUGUCAGCAUUCCUUACCUACAGAUUCGUUCCAUCAGAAUAAGAGACUCCAAGUUUGGACUUGCACUGGUGAUAGAGAGUUCCCAACAAACAGGGGGAUAUGUGCUUGGCUUUAAGAUUGACCCCAUGGAAAAACUACAGGAUGCUGUGAAAGAGAUUAAUUCCCUGCACAAAGUUUACUCUGCCAAUCCCAUAUUCGGAGUAGACUAUGAGAUGGAGGAAAAGCCUCAGCCUCUGGAGGAGCUGACGGUGGAACAGCCCCCUGAUGACGUGGAGAUCGAACCGGACGAACAGACCGACGCCUUCACCGCUUACUAUGCAGAUAGCAAUAAGCAACAAGACCGGGAACCAGUGUUCUCUGAUGAGCUGGGUUUGGCCAUUGAGAAACUGAAGGAUGGUUUUACGCUCCAGGGACUUUGGGAGGUUAUGGGCUGA